UCGGCCACAUUUUUUUUUCGAAAAAUGACUUCAUCAUCGGAAAGUAUUCUCCUGUUAGUGCCUCACGUAAAACUAAAGAAAAAUGAAGGAGAACUAUAUUUAAUGACAGAAAGGCUGGGAUGGAUGGUGGGGAAUAAAGACAGUUUCAGUGUAUCGCACAAAUACUCAGAUAUCAAAACCCAAAAGAUUUCACCAGAAGGAAAGCCUAAAGUACAGUUGCAAGUGUGUCUACAUGAUGGAAGUGCAACAACAUUCCAGUUUGUUAAUCCAUCAGGACAAGCUGAGCAAAUGGCAGACAGGGAUAAAGUGAAAGAUUUACUUCAACUCAUGCUACCCAAGUUCAAAAGAAUGGUUAACAAAGAUCUUGAAGAGAAAAAGCUUUUUCUGUCUGAAAACCCUCAGUAUCGCCAGUUGUACAUGGAUCUUGUAAAGUCAAAUGUCAUAUCUGCUGAGGAAUUUUGGUCUGAUCAUGCAACACAAUUUAUUAAACAACAACAAGAAACUAAAAAUGCCACCCAGCAAGAUGUUGGCAUCUCAGCUUCAUUCUUGGCUGAUAUCAAACCUCAAACAGAUGGCUGCAAUGGUGGUGUUAGGUACCUACUAACAUCUGAUGUGAUGGCCAGCAUCUUCAGAACCUACCCAUCAGUAAAGCAAAAACAUCUGAAGUGUGUACCAAACAAAAUGACAGAAGAGGAGUUUUGGAAAAAGUUUUUCUCAUCCCAUUACUUGCACCGUGACAAAAAUAUUAAUGAUACCAAAGAUCUAUUUACGGACUGCGGCAAACAAGACGAACAAGUACUAAAACAAGAUCUUACAACUGCCAUCAACGAUCCUCUUCUGGAUCUAACGGCGCUGAAUGAUGUAGAAGAAGAAACCUCGGGAACCCCAUCCAACGCCAAAAUUAACAAUAUUGCCCAUCAAAACAUGAUUCGACGGUUUAACCAGCAUUCCAUCUUAGUUUUAAAAGCUUCUGAACAAGCAGCUGGAGCUGAGCCUGCUGUUGUUGAAGCCGCUCCACCAAAGAGGAUGAGGUUACAAGAGGCGUUAACUUAUGAUGAUUUGGAGUCUAAUGAAUCAAAUCCUUCCGUCCAAUUGAAUCUGUGCCGUAUUGAGAGGUACCUUAACGGACCUCCCACCACAGUUACCUCACAAGCAGGAGUCAACAAAAACGGAUCAUCUACCGGACAGGCAGUUGAUCCGAAUACCUUCAAAUCUAUUCUAGGCCGAUGGAUGCGUGGAGGAGGCGAUAGAUAUAACCCCUUAGAUGUACUCAGUUCCGCCACGGCGGUCACCGUCUUAGGUGAACUAUCCAUCGGUGGUUCCUUAAUGCGAGGACCUCAGCCAAAUUCGGCGAUCCAUCUGACGAGCGAACUGCAGAAAGAACUAAAAGAACUAUACGUUUCACUUAGUGAAAUUCUGAAACAUUUUUGGGCUGCGUUUCCUCCGUCAACACCUGAACUAGUGCAGAAGACCAAUCGAAUGAUAGAUGCCCUUCACAAAUUCAAUCAAGCAAAAUUGACUCCCUACGAACAGAAGCUCAUUCAAGCAAGCACGUCGAGUGAAGCCGAAAAUAUUCUCAGACCCUUAAGGUUCCAACUCCAGGCAGCCAUAAGAAAACAUUCCCAAUUAUCUGAACGGCGCCCUUUGCCACGAACUGCCGUGUCUUCAAUGUGAUGUUUUUUGAAGCAAAAAUCGAUAAGUUCAGCUUAUGGACGCAUAAAGCGAACCUCUAAAGUAAAGUGUAUUUGAACAAUUCAACCUGUUGGGUCAAUGUUUUUGGGACCUUGACCAACAUGGCAUACAAUAGUAUAUUGAA